AUGGAGGCAGAGUCGCUGUCCGUCCCACUCGAGCCCACAGUCGUGUCCCCAGGAUUAGAUAGAUCCGGAUCCGCAACACCACCAGACGGAGAGCCUUCCUCCAAAAGACAAAAGACGAGGGGAUCACCACCUCCCAGGAAAUACCCCAAACCUUCACCACAUGAUGGACUGCCUCAUGAACGUAUGCAUGCAUUUCGCCCCGAAAUGCUCAUGACAAUCAACAAUGCUUCCGUCCUCGAACUCUGGGCCGCAGUCGUGACCCGGAAACUGCACUCUGACGUGACUUGGGAAACAUGUCUGAGUGCCGGCAAAGCGAUUUGCGGGAUGGUCAGAGACGGCGCCACAUACCACAUCAAUCGCCACAGAGAUAGGGUCAAGCAGGGCGAUGCACUAAAUCACGUUUCCGAACUGAUUACCAUGCGUUUCAAUCUGGUGCUCCAAAACGAUCUAGUGCUGGUUGAUGGGAAACCAGUACCUGGUGAUGAGGUAAUCUUGAAAGACAAGUUUGCCACAUCCGAAAACUACAAGGAGAUGAAAGAGUGGUUGGAAGUCACAGCAAAAGCUUUUUCCAUAGAUUACCUGGAAGAGAGAGCUUUGAACAUACUCGACUUCUUCAAGCCAUGCAUCAGUCCAGGACUGGAUCCUUGGAACACGAAUACCAUGUUCAAUUGUAUGGCACUUUUUCAUUCUGGACAUGAAUACGGUGCGGAAGACAUACGUUGGUUCCAGCGUAAAGCAGAGCAGGAGGAGAUGGACUUCAUCGAGGAAGAACGGCUAAGAGCUCUUGAGGCAGCAGCAGCAAAGAAAAGGGUCACCAGGAUCAAACCAAAGCCCACUCCACGGCGUGAGACAAGAGCAGAGGCUGCGAGAGCAGAGGCUGCGUCUCGUGGGGUGUUGUCGUCGAAAGUGUUCACCACAUCACCGAAUCCACGGCAACGACGUCAUGGCAGGCGUGUCCGAGGAUGA